UCCUAACUCCCUGCUAUCUCUCAUUCGGUUUCGCACGCGCUCACGCUCAGUUUACAUUACACUCUCCAAAAGUCAGAGCCGAGGAACAUCGCUGCUGAGGACAGAUGAGGAGAGAAAGACAGAGCGAGACAGAAAGACAGAGAGACAGUCGAGCUAUGUGCUGCUGCUUGCUUUUAACAGAAUAAAGGAAAUCAUGGAGUUUACGUUUCGACGUGCAGGACCAGUGAAGACAGAGCUGAUGUCUCGUACUCGAUAAACCUCGUUCCAGCCAAAAUGAACCCCGACUCCCUGGACUCCUCCAUCCAGAGCUCCCUGUCUGCCCUCUACCCUCCAUUUGAGGCCACAGCUCCCACCAUCCUCAGCCAACUAUUACAUGUCGUCGAGGGUCGUUAUGGCGGCGAUUCGCUUCAGUGCCUAAUUAACUUCCUGAUCCCAGCCAGGCGACUUCUGCAGAGGGUGCGCCAGGCAGCGUGUGUGCCUUAUCUAGACUUGGAGGUCCAUUGUUCGGGCUGGCCGCUGUGCCUGUUCGAUCACGUUAUCAUCCAUCUUGCUCCCAUCAACCCGCUACUGCUCUCGAUUGAAGACUUUUACCUACAGGUGGUGCCGAUUGAGAAGCAAGCGGCCCGUAUCGUGGUUCGGAGCUUGUCAGAAGAUGAGCAGCAUAAUGUGGAAGAAAUUCCAAUCCCAGAGAACUCGUUUAGUCGUAUCUUCACCCAGGACUGGCUAAAAGAGCUCAACAUAGGCAGGCAUGGAAGGCUCCUCAGUCACUGUGUGCUGGCAACUGAGCAGUGCAUGGUGAAGGUGCCUUGGGAUCAAGUGGCCUACCCAGGAUUUGAGGACCAGCCACAGUACAUGGAUUCUUCUGGCACUUCCAAUCAACAGGAUCCAUUAAACGGACCUUCCUGGCAGGGUUAUUCGAUUGCUACCAGAAUCUGUCCUGCUAAGGAUGGUAUUGCGGUGUCUUUGUGCUUGGUAGACAGCUCCAGACAGAGUGAGAUGGAUCAAGCCAUGCCUGGAAUGAGGCCACUUGGCUGGGUGUCUCCUAAUACUUAUGACACUCGCAGUAAAGGCUGUGUUGUGGAUGAGGAUAUAAAUGACAUGGACCUUAUCAAAGAAAAGUCUGAUUUAGGAGACUCUCAGACACCUACUCAACUUAAAACUUGUUUGCUAAGCCCGCAGAGGGUCACAUCACCUGUUAGUCAUGAUCAUUUGGGUCAUGAACGUCCCACCUGCGGACGUACGGUAAGGUUUGCAGAGCCGCCUUGCUCUCCUUGCCUGCGGAGGAAGCGUGGACAGGGGACCAACCAAGGAAACCAAGAAUGCCGUUACAAGGAGUACUGCAGAGAUGAACGAUGUUCUGUUAGAACUGAAAAUAGGCAAAAAGAACCAAGUCUCUCUGACAGAACAGUGAACACAGACCAUCUCCACAAACCAAUUUGGAAACCGUUUUCCCAGAUUGAAAGUGUAAAUAAUACUUCCAGUGAAAAUCCCAGAAAAGUUCCUGAUAAUUUUCAGGGCACCUUUGAAAACAUGACAGAACUGAAUGAAGGAAUUAGGAUUGAAAAAGAAUCAAAGAAAAGUCAUGUUUUUGUCCAAGGAUACCCCAGUGAGGGAAAAACAGAUAGCAAAUCAGAAAUGAUACCAAGGUUACAUGUAGCUCAUGGAAAAAAGACGACUACGUUUGGACUUAUUUCACCAAAGUUAAACAGACGAAAGCCACCAAUGCAAGAAGCAGCUACGGACCAUAAAAAUCUAUCCCUUUUUGCUAAAGUAUCUUGCACAAAUAAAAGUGUAACCCCAUUACACCAUAAUGAUAUAAAAAGGCCUGGAAAGAAAUCACCAUUCCCAGCUGCAUCAAAACCAGAGACCUGCCUCCUGCAAGCGGGACUUUCUUGCCUUACAGGUGGCAGAGAUCGCUCAAAUAGAGUAGUAGUGGAGGUUUAUGGUGACCAUCAGCACUGGGGAUCCCCUCUGCUGUCCAGCUUGGUCCUCUCUAAUCUUCUGCUUUAUUUCUACACCAUCAUUGGAAAUGAGGAGCGAGAGUCCGGAAUGACAGUCGUGUACGACAGUCGGAAGAUACCGCCACACCCAGAAUUCUUUGAAGCUCUGCACAUAGUGCAGGAGCAAGAUCCAAAAGCAAUCCACAGUCUGCUCCUGCUGAUCAGUAAGGAGAAAAAUUACAGCCUCAAGAAAUACCCCGGAGACAUGGAGGUUGUGACAUCUCUCAAAGGCCUUCACAGAUAUAUAGAUUACAACCAGCUGAGCCCGGCCCUGGAAGGCACUUUUCUUUAUAGCCACAGAAACUGGCUGCACCUUCAUCAAGAACUGUAUCCAUUUGUGUUUGCCCUGAAGGAGGCUACAAAUUUGCUUCUAGAAGCCCUGAGGAAGUUAGAAGGGGUCCAUAAAAUAGACACAGCUCAGGAUAUACAGCAGUGCAUGAAUGACCAAAGGAUUCUAAUGAAGACUGUGCUUGAAAACACCCAAUUGGUUACCUUGCAAAGAGAAGGCGGAGCCUUGUUGUCCAGGUUGAGAUGGGAGAGUGAUGUAAGAGCAGCACACUACGACACAAGCUGUAAGGUCAUGGAUACUGUGGAUUCCCUUUACAAUGAGGUAGAGGAACAUGUCCAUGUGCUGGUGAGAAGGUCCAACAUAUCAUUUCAUCACCUCAGCUUUUUGCUACAUUUAAGGAAGAUGGAAUCAAGGUUUAUGGAGAUAAAGGAGUGGUUUGAUGUAGAGGGCGAGAGACGAAUCCUUGAGGCUGAAUCUGCAGAGGAACCAAGCAGGAACUUUGAAGAGAUUCUCCAGUGCUUAUCCACAGUACUCGCUGAAGCUAAUGAACAUAAGCUUCAGGCGAUGAUGUUACUUAACGAAGCAGAAAGCAUCCAGGGACCAAACUAUCCAGAGACAGAAGUGUUUCACGAUAUGAUAUCCACCUUCAAAUCCAACUUGUCUGAAUUCCUGUCUGAAGCAGAGCAGUACUGUGAUGAGCUGAACACUAUGCUAAAUUUGUGCCAAUUCUGUGAAAAGGCAACGGAGGUGGCAAUUGACUGCUCUCAGCAAUUGGAACCAGACAGACUGCGGUGUAUGAAUCAUCAAGAGAAAUGGGCUGCUCUUCAGGAAGCCCAUGAAAAGCUUAGCCAGUUUUCCCCUGAACUCUUCCAGGAGGCAAAGACCCAGGCCUGCUCCCUGCAGAACUCCUGGGGGACGAAGGUAUGGAACAUGACAUGGCUAAGGUGUCAGGAGGUCAGUCAACAGCUGGAGGACACCUUGCAGGAGUUGGAGCAAGAACAUCAUUCUUCAGUACUUGGAUCUUUACAGUAUGAAUGGCAUACUAAUGAAGGACAGGAGAGCACUGAUGGAGCACCAAAGCUUCCACGACCUGAACCACAUCAGGACCCACCUGGAUGCCCAGAAGUCAAAGCUCGGCAGAACCGAGACAGCAUCCACGGCACGGUGACCUGCUUCAACAUAAGCUUCAGGCAAUCCCGUAAAGGACGGAAAGGCACCAAAACGACUCCAGUUGCAGAUCCUGACCAGAAGUCUGACAGAAAACCGGCCCAUGAGCAAAUGCAGACAACAAUUAAAGGGUCAGAGACAGCUGGUUGCCAGUGGUUCCAGUGGCAACAAAACUCAACCAAAUACACAAAGGAGGACUCUCUGUCAGCAUCCAAUUCCUCCAAGAUUCAGAUACUACCGUCUACAUUCACUGAAUCUACAACUUCACCACCCAUUUGUUCCAAUUCACAAAUCUCAGGGCCGAACUGUGCUGGAAUUCAGACUUCGUUGUGUCAUAACUCAAUACCACUUUCUGGAGGCUUCCAUUUGGAAACUUUGGGCUGUGAAGCAAAACACCCUGAAAAUCCCUCCCAUGCUGAAGACACAAGUCCUGGAAUGGAAAACAAAACUAUUUUCUCCCACAGGAAGCUGCAGUGUAUCUUGGAGGAAAUGUUGAUGACAGAGCUGGAGUACGUAAGAUCUCUGAGUUACAUCCUGACUCAUUACUUACCCCUGCUGGCUCGGCCAGAUGUGCCUCCAGACCUGAGAGGCCAGCGUGGAAGGAUCUUUGGGAACUUAGAGAAGCUCUAUGACUUCCACUGCAAUUACUUCCUGCAGGAGCUCGAGGCUUGUCGCACAGAACCACUUCGGGUGGGCCGUUGCUUCCUACGACACAAAGAGGAUUUCGGGCUGUAUGCACUCUACAGCAAGAACAAACCUCAAUCAGAUGCUCUGGUCAGACAGCACAAGUUCUUUAAGUCUAAGCAGCAAGAGCUGGGAGACACCAUGGAUCUGUCCUCCUACCUGCUGAAGCCAGUCCAGAGGAUCAGUAAGUACAGCCUGCUCCUGCAGGAGAUGCUGGAGGAAUGUGGAACGUCACAUGAGGCAGAGCGCCUGGAGAUGCAGAAUGCUGCUGAGGUGGUGCGAUUCCAGCUACGCCACGGAAAUGACCUGCUCACCAUGGACGCCAUCCAGGAUUGUGAUGUGAACUUUCAGGAACAAGGCCAGUUAAUUCGGCAAGAUGAGCUCCAUGUGACGUUUCGCAAGAAGCGCUCUUUGCGGCGAGUGUUUUUAUUCCAGGACCUUAUUCUGUUCACCAAGACAAAGAAAACACCACGUGGGGAUGACGUGUAUGUCUACAAACAAUCUUUCAAGACAUGUGACAUUGGACUAACCCAGAACUCUGGCCAGAGUGGCUUGUGCUUUGAGAUCUGGUUCAGGAGAAGAAGAGCCCAGGACACAUAUACGCUUCAGGCAGAAAAACAAGACAUAAAAGAGGCCUGGACUGCAGACCUGGAGCGCAUUCUGUGGGAACAGGCCCUGAAGAACAGAGAGCUGCGGAGACAGGAGCAGGUGUUCAUGGGAAUGGGUGGGAAACCCUUCGUGAAAAUUCAACCUGGAGAAGGAGAAGUCCAUGACACACCUAACAUGUGCUUCAUGCAAGAAGGAGAGACCCCAGGAUUAAAAUCAGUAAACAUCACAGGACCCAGACAUCAGAGCGACACCCCGUUACCCCGGCCAGAAUCGAUCGGCUCGACCUCGGGCAGCCGCUCGUCCUCCUCGUCUGGCCGAGGCUCCUUGUCUCCCAGCGGCUUCCGUGAAACCCCGGCUCACGAAAACGUCCAUGGAGCUCAGAUACCUCAGACCAGCCCUCAUAACAAUAGCCAUGAGUUUACGAGUCGAUACGGAUCAUAUGUAGGUGGUUCCUCGGGUUCCUUCCGUGCUACAGGUGGGAGGUUUAUGACCCCUGCUGGUACGCAGCUGCAGCGCACGUCGUCUGCUAUAUGCAGGAGAAAAGGCUACAGCAGCACAGCAUUCAAAACACACAGCUCAUAUUCUGCAGAAGUUUGAAAGACAACGUCGAUGUUGCAUUUGUUCUGAAAUAUACCAUGUGUUUAAUUGUUGACUAGGAACCAAAAACCACUAGAUCUUUCCAAAUAAACAUUCUGAUUACAUGGGUUAAUUUGUGAGGGGCGUUCAGGUCAAAACAGGACUUGAUGAAGUUUCCUGGUUAAUGGAGGCAUAAAAGCGAUUUACUGGAGACCUUAUGCACAGGACAGUGAUGAGAAUUUGAGCCGCAGUAAAAUAUUUGAACAGAGCAAACUUUUUAUAGAAGGCCGUAUGUCUGUGAACGAUUAUCCUGAGGUGUCUGAGAGCCCAGUGCAUGUCUGUGCGGAAGUGUACACGCAAUCAAAAGUGUAGCAGGGGAUUAUAUAGGAGAAAUAUAGAAAAGUCCCGCUUUCACUUGAACACCAUUUGACUUGUAUUUUGGAACAACAGAUUGUCACGUGUUGCAUCUAAUUCACAACCUUGGAACAAAAACGAAUUAGCCAAAGCUAAUUAGCCAACAGCAAUUAUCAUAUUAAAUGAACAUUUUAUACAAUAAUUUGAAACGAGCAAAAGAAAAAAGUUUCCUUUCGUAUUCAUAUUUUCUCUUUGAUCUUUACUAAAAAAAAAAUUAUUGGCACCUGUACAAAAUAUCUAAAGUAAAUGUACAGUAUAUUGUCAUGCUUGAAAAAUCUAUAUAACAUUUCUACAUAAAACUAAAUAUUUAUCUUAAUUUAAUAUUAUAUCUCAGUUCAUUGGAAGUCCAUCGUCGGCUUACAGCCGGUCCGGUUGGGAAGGAAUAUUAUCCUGUGCGCGUCUAAAAUCUAACCGUCCUACACGUACUGUAGACUAAAGCAAAAGUGAAUCAAACAGAAGACAUCAGGUAACUGAUCAUUCCAGAGAGGCGUU